UCAUAGCUAAUAGAAGUAAAGAAGAAUUUAACUUUUUCGAAUGGGGCUUCCAAUUUGAGAGGCAUGACUUUCGUAAAACAAUUCGACAAGAAAUUGGUGAUUGCCAAUGACGACUGGUUACGAAUAUGCGGAACUGAGAACGUCGACCAGAUUCAUAUUCCUGCCAACGGGAAAGCCAGUACCGCUAUUGUAAGCAUCGAAUCUUCGAAAUCCGGAAACUACGUAGCCGUUGCGGUAGAAAAUAAACAGAUUUUCAUAAUCGACCGCUCUUUCAAAAUCUUCAAAACUUUUGCGACGAACAGGGCGCCCAGCAAAGUGUGUUUUAGUGCCACGGACGAUGUUAUUGUUGCAGACAGAACCGGGGACGUGUACCGCUACCCGUUAGGCCCGGGCGAACCGACUUUGCUUCUGGGUCACUUGAGCGUUAUUUUGGAUGUGGCCGUAAGCCCAUGCGGCAAUUACAUCAUAACUUGCGACAGGGAUGAAAAAAUUCGCGUAUCUUGCUACCCAAAUGCGUAUAAUAUCGUCACUUACUGCCUGGGACAUCGGCAGUUUGUGACUACAUUAAAAAUAAUCGAAAGUAAAAGGGUAUUGGUUUCCGCAUCUGGAGACGGUACUGUCAGAUUCUGGGACUACUUGAAAGGGGAACAGUUGAAUAAGAUUGACACGCGAAGCCUAACAGAUAACUGUGUAGUUCAAAAAUUUGUGGAGAGUGUCGGUAUCGAUUGUGUGGACGUCCAUACGGUUCCGAUUUCAAAUCUCGAUUUGUGCGAGCGCGCGGACGCCGUGUACGUGGCCUUGUCUUUGUAUAAAAUGAAUAAAAUUUUUGUGUAUACCCUCAGUGUUGAAGACUUGAUCUGCAAACCCUUAACAAGCUUCGAAUCGGGCAGUUCGAACUUUGGUUUUUGUUUUGACCAGUUGUUGCAUUCAGUUCACGGCAAAACGUGCAGUUUUCUAUUGCCAGAUCAACCGGCCCGCGAACUAAACCGUGACUUACUUUCGAACAUUGACGGUCUAUUUGUCUCCGAUGAUGCCAAAUUAUUGACGCUGUUUAAGAAAAAGUUUAAUAAUGUUGAGGAUUAUUACGAAAAAAAGAGACAAAGAAUGGUAUAAUAAAACUGGGAGCGAGUAAAAAUUAGUUUUAUUUG